GAAUUAAAUAUAUGUUUGCUUGCAGUCAAUAUUCUAGUGUUUCGUUUUUAUAAAUCUUCAAAUUUAUAUUCACACAAUAGAGAAAGUAAACAGAUCGAUUUAACUAUAAAUUUGCAGCAAGUUCUGUAAUUAAAUUUUCAAAUAUUUUUGAAAGUCAAAACAUUUGGUUGAUGUCUGUGCUAAGACGUUAUUCGAGUCAUUCUCCAUGACGCCAUUCGAUCAUCUAGUAUUUUUAAGCUAUUUUCAGUAUUAUUCGAGCACAUUUUAGUAUAUUUAUGCCCGUGCCGUGGUAUUCUUUAACGGUUUCGCAACGGUCCACUCCGAUUCAUAAACGAAAUAGAAGUUCACUCGACGGCAAUUUAAAUUUAAUUUUGAAUUUGCUGUUGCAUUCGAUUGUAAAUACGCGCUGAUAAGGCCGCCAAAUGAAAGUGCAAAUAGCAGUGAUAUCGCGCCGCGCAUCUCACCGCAGUGACUAAUAACCUCUCCACUGUUUCGUUCGCCCGCGACGCCCUUCGAGUUCAACGCAUUCAUAUUUCCGAGUGCAGAUUUUCUUUUUGCUUUGCCCGCAGUGACCGCGCACUGCAAUCAAAUUAGGGGCAAAUAUCCGCUUCUCGAGCCGCUCCAGCACACGACACGCAGCAAGGACAUAACAUGGACACCAGUGGCGGCAAUUUGGAUUCCCUGGACGACACGGAACCGCUGCCCGAACUGAGUUUCGAAGACUUUUUGGAGCCAACGUCGGACAAGAGCUCCCAACACAUGGAAGUCGAUGCCCUGGACUCGGAUGACGACGAUGGCGACGGCGACGAGCUGCCCGAUCCGGCCAACGAUUCCCUGAACACGCCGCAGUUCAAGAGGAACGUAGUGCAGAUACUGGACGACAAACGGUUGCCCACCUCCGGAGUGACCGUUUUAAAGUCGCACGCCAUCAAAGUGGUGACUGCCGGAGUUCCCUCGCCGGCCAAGCCGCAGAUUACGGACGUUAAGAUCCUGAACAAACUGAAACCGAUAGCCAGCAAUACCCUCAAGAUCGGCAGCACCACCAUCGCCACCACAUCCACGCCGGGCACCAUCACCAAGACCCUGAGCAACUUGACGCAGAUCAAGACAAAGGAUGGCCAGGUAAUCUUUGUCCAAAAGUCGGUACCUGCAACACAAAGCAGCAACCCGGUGGCCGGGUCACCGGGCGGAGGAAUACGUCGUCUCGUUGCGCCGAAAGGCAUCCAAAAGGCGGUCCUCUCCAAGGGCGUCACCUUGGCGAGCACGGGCCUCGUCAAGGCGGCUGUGCCGGGCAAGGCGGGCCCCGCCACCACAGCCAUCACCAUCAAGGGCCUCACACCGCUGGCCGGAGGCAGUGCCAAGGCGGCGUCGCCCGGCACCGCGACCAACACAUCCACGCCCCUGGCACAGCCCACCAAAAUCCAGGUGGUGCGUACGGCCGACGGCAAGAUCAUCAAGAUCAAUCAGGCUGGUUCCUCGCUGCUGCUGAAUGCCAAACAGCCGGGAGCUCCAACUCCAGUCACCCCGGGAAGCUCUUCCGCCAGCACCGUCAAGCUAUCGCCCUCCACGGGAAAUGUGGUGCUAGGCAAAUCCGUUGGACAAUUAGUGGUUAAGACGGCAGCUCCCGCAAAGCAGGUUUCAAACACAACGGGAAAUACACCCACAAACACAACACCUGGAAAAAUGUUGGUUCAAAGCGGUGGCAAACAGAUUCUGGUGCCCAACAAAAACAUUAUCAAACUGUCGCCCAAUGCUGGGGCCACCAGUUCUUUAACCUCGACGGCUGGCGGACAGACAGCUUCUCCCACGAGCGGAUUGCAUGCCAUCCAGCUGCCUGGCAAGGCAGGAGUGCAAUAUGUACGCGUGCUGACCAACAAUAAGAGUUCCGCCGGAACGAGUGCAACAGGGACGAUGCCCAAGACCAUGCAAGCCCACAAGAUCACUGUGGUGCGGUCUACAGCUGCCGGUGCUGCAGCUCCUAGCUCGGCUGCCACAUCUACUCCAGCAACCGGAGCAGCAGCAGCAGCGCCUGCAACAACAGCAUCGCCAAAGGCAAACGUUUCCAUGGGCAGCACUAACAAGAUUGUAAUGCGCACAACAGGCGGCAGCAUUGUGCCGUUGCCCUCUAUGCAGACAUUGGUUUCCAAGCGUGCGUUGGGCACUAGCACCACCGCUCCCAAGCCAGCCAGUGCGGUUCAGAGUAGCGUCAGUCCCACCGGCAGCCAGGAGUCGCCACGCAAACAUCGGCUAACUGAUCUCAACGCGCAGCUGAAGCAUUUAGCCUCCGCCAGCAGUGAUGCCAGCGACAGUAGCGAUGCGGGUCCGGAGGCCAAGAAGCCGCGAUACGUGAUCGCCAUGCAGCAAGGAGCACAACAGGCUACGCAGCCAGCUCAAAAGGUUAUCAAUAGACCAGCGAACGUGCAGCGUGUGGUGGCGGGCAACGCCAGUCCCAGUGCCCCUAAGAAAAUCUACAACUUUGUCAAAUCGACGGGAACCAAUGGGGUCAAGUACAUGAUCUGCAAUUCGGGUGUGCCCCAAUCAUCGACCAGUGCCAUGCGACGAGGAUACACCGGCUAUGUGGACAACAAGUUGCGGCGAACGCUCUCCAUUUCCUCGCAGCAGCAUCGCUUCAAGCAGAUGAGUCCCCAGCAGCAGACAAAGCAUCUGCAACUGCAGGCGCAGGCCAAGCAAAGGAUUAGACAGCAGCAGCUGCAGACUCAACCGCAAUCCGUGUCGAUCAAGGUGGAACCAAAGCUGCCAACGCAGCCUGCAAUCCAGAAGCCCACCGCUCCCGCAAAGCCGCUAUUCGACAUCCUCAAGCCUCCGGCAGCAGGGGCUGCGCCCGCUGGCGAUGCGCUGGGCGGCAUGACCUCGCGACGGAAGCACUGCAACUGCAGCAAGUCGCAGUGUCUGAAGCUCUACUGCGAUUGCUUUGCCAACGGCGAGUUCUGCCAGGAUUGUACCUGCAAGGAUUGCUUCAACAAUCUGGACUACGAAGUGGAGCGGGAGCGAGCCAUUCGCAGUUGCCUCGACCGCAAUCCAAGCGCCUUCAAACCCAAAAUUACGGCGCCCAAUUCAGGCGACAUGCGUCUGCAUAACAAAGGCUGCAAUUGCAAAAGAUCCGGCUGUCUCAAGAACUAUUGCGAGUGCUACGAGGCAAAGAUUCCCUGCACCAGCAUAUGUAAAUGCGUGGGUUGUCGGAACAUGGAAGACCGUCCGGAUGUGGAUAUGGACUCGUUGGACGGCUUGAUCGGAACGAAGGGUGCCAAAAAGGACAAAGCGAACGACAAGCACUCGCACGAGAAUCGCGCAAAUAUGUAUUUUACGGACGAUGUCAUCGAGGCGACCAUCAUGUGCAUGAUAUCGCGGAUCGUGAUGCACGAGAAACAGAAUAUGCCGGUCGAGGACACGGAGCGCGAAGUGAUGGAGGAACUGGGCGAAAGCCUAAACCAGAUCAUAACCUUUGCCAAGGAAAAGCACGACACUUCUCAGCUGGACGAGUCCAAGGCAAAUUCUUAGGACCGCAAUUUUAGUCACACAUGAAUUAGUUUUUAAGUUCAAAGCGCUCUUGACCUUUUCUUCUACUCUAUUCUAUUUUUGGCUUUCUAAAAGUUGACCUUAAAGUAAAGUGUACAAUUUUAAAAUAAUCUAAACACAAAAUGUAUAUACCAUACAUAGCAAAUUUCAGACAUAAGACGAUUUUAUUUUGAAGCGGCAAUGGCUCGCGCUUUUAAACUUGAAAUGAUUGUGUUAUAAACUUUUCCUUGAAUUGGAUGUAAAUAAUAUAGACACCGAAUAAAGUUUAAUGUCCCUUAAACACUAAUUAAAAGACGGGUAGUGUUUUGUAGCUUGUUUAUUCACCAACAACUUCAGUUACAUAUUUGUAUUUUGCAUUUGCAUUGUUUCAAAUUUAUAUGAUGGGCGAGUAUAUUAAACUCAACGCAAUUUCGUUUGUUUUUCCGAUAUCGGUAUCAGCUUAGUUAGCAAUAUCUCUAUGAAAUAAACAUAUGUCAAAUGACUAGUGUAUAGGUAAUACAUAUUUUAGUUGAGUGUAUAGAUAGUUGGUAUUUUAGUUUCGAAUACAAAUAUAUUUAGUAUAGCUAGUGUAGUAUAUUCUACUUGGUCAUCAUUAUUCUAUAUAAAUAGUAUAUACGAAUGUUUGUGUUCUGGUUUCUCCCGGUUCUCACCCUAUAAACAUGGCAUGGCAUGACAUGAGUACACAUACUUCCAAGGUUUGAGUAAAAAUGUGAUAAUCGUUUAAGGACUAUAGUAUAUUAUUAUAGUGUUAUGCUAAUAAUGCCCUGCUAUUCAUAUUUAAUACUCUGCUUUAUUUUGACUAAUAUGCUCGCGCUAAACUAUAGGUUUUGUUUGCGGUCAUUCGAAUACGAACUUCUGACAGAGAGUAUGUGUGUGCGGUUAUCUUAGUUAGCAAAUACAUACAGUAAACGUUAAGAAUAUCGAGUUAAGAAUAGUUUUGAAUAUUUUAAUACUGUGCACAAAACGCAUUGGUUAGCUGCUUUAGCAUUGUUGUUUGUUUGACCCCAUACCAGCUUUUUUUGGAUUGUUAAUUUCAUAACACUUAUGCAACAUUUGAACAUAGCUAGGCAACAAUAACGACUUGGUUAGGAAUAAUAUUAUUGAGUAUUGAGUAUGCUGCACUAUUCAGUUAGAAGCUAUAUUGUCUAAUUCACACGUUUAUAUGGAAUGCUAGGCCCCCGGAAGGGGGGCUGAAGCAUAAACUUACGCAACAACUAUAUGAAAACCGAACAAAACCUUUUGCUAAAUAUCAUAUGUACUUCGGAGUUGCAUACCCUGUACAAUGUCUUUGUACUACAUAUGUUUGUGGCUAUAAUAUGCAAUUUUUCGAAGAGUCCCUUAGUUAUAAAACGCGUGUUGCAUGAUUGAAUUCGGCAAUUCUUCAAAGCGUGAAAAGUCAUAACGAACACAACGUAGAAUCUCUCGUGUGCUAUGAAUGGAUCUAGAUUAUUAUU